AGAAAAUCCCCAAAUUGAACCCUAGAACCCUAGAAUCAAAAAAUCCCCAAAUUGAUGGAUUCGAAUGAGGUUGAUACGAAUGCUGUCGUCGUUCAUGAGGAGGCUACUGGAGUUGGUCCGCAAAAGGAAGGAGAUCCGAUAGGAGACAAUGGACCUGACAAUGAACCCGACGAUGAAGACCCAAGGGAGCGAGACGCUUUUGAAAUCGAGAAGGCUGUAAUGGAGUUUAGAGACGAACCUUCGAUUCUACAUGAUGAGUAUCCAGACAGUGAGGAAGAUGAAGAAGACGAAGCUGCUCGGGAGAGAAGACGAGACAACAUCAGAGGCGGAGGUGGGAAUUUGUACUAUCACCAGACAUUCUUCAGCGACAUUGCUUUUAAAGAAGCUGUUCUAGACCAUGCUUUGAAGACAGGCUGCAACAUUGCACAAUACAGGUAUGAUAAAACGAAGCUUGGAUUUAAAUGUGAUGGGGAUGGAUGUAUUUGGCGGGUAUACUGUGCAGUCACGAAGAAAUGUUCUAAGUGGAGAGUUAACGUGUACAAGGAUGUCCACACAUGUAAUCCGAAUGGAGAGUGUGAGAUGUUGAAGGUUCCUGUUAUUGCUAGGUUGUUUCUAGAUAGUAUUAGAGAUGAACCUGAGUAUUUCAUGCCUAUGAAGAUUGAAGAAACCAUUAAAAGGAAAUGGAAGAUCACAGUUUCCAGGCCUCAAUGUCAAGCUGCAAGGAGAAAAGCAUUGAGAUGGAUAGAAGAAGAAUAUGAUAAUCAGUUUGCUAGGCUUCAAGACUAUGCGGAAGAGACAAGAGUGUCCAACAAAGAUUCAACUGUUGAAAGAACAUGGAAAGAGUCUUGUAGGCCACUGAUAGGAGUUGAUGGAACCUUUAUCAAAGGAAAGGUUAAAGGUCAGCUGCUGGUUGCUUUAGGUAGAGAUGCUGAUAAUGCUAUAUACCCAAUAGCAUGGGGCUGUGUUCAAGUAGAAAACAUAGAGAAUUGGGUGUGGUUUGUGAGGAAGCUGAAAGUUGAUUUGGGACUAAUGGAUGGUGAUGGUUACAUCAUAGUGUCUGAUCGUCAAAAGGGUUUGAUCCGAGCAGUUGAGCUAGAGCUACCAAAAGUAGAGCAUAGAAUGUGUGUGAGACACAUCUAUGGUAAUCUGAAGAAGAAUCAUGGGAAAGAUAAAGAGAUGAAGAAGUACAUUUGGGAUGUGGCAUGGAGCUACAAUGAGAGCAGCUUUGAAGCUCACAUGACUGAGCUUUACAACUACAAUGUGGCAGUUUGGCGUGAUGUUGUCAAGUCAAAACCAAGAACUUGGUGCAGGGCAUUCUACAAGCAAGGAAACUACUCUGGUCACAAUUCCAGGUUUCAUAAGAAGAAGAAGUCUUCUGCAUUGGCUUUUGAAGGAGUUGGGACUGUAACUCAUGGCAGUCAAGUGGAACCGUCUCAAGGAGUGGUGAUGUCUCAAGGCUGAAGGAUUAGAGUGAAGGAUUAGAGUGAAGGAUUAGAGUAGUGUAAGAUGGCAGCAGGUUUUUUGGUGUACCAUCUGAUAAGAAUUAGAGUAGCUCGGCUUUGUGUUUUUGGUUUCAUGACCAUGUGUAAUGGUACAUUGUUAUGUCUCUCUCUUUUGGUAGGUUUGUUGUAAUACAUUGCUUUGAACCUA